AUGGGCCAGGCAUCCCUGUGUGGAGUCAACAUGCGUCAGCAUCCCUGUGGACAGCAACUGUGGCCACGAUUGACACCAGAAUCCUGUGGAGUCAACAUGGUGCCAGGCAUCCCUGUGGAAGUCAACAUUGGGGCCAGCAUCCCUGUGGAGGUCAACAUGGGCCGCAUCCCUGGUCCCAGCCCUGUCCAUUUCAUCCCACAGUCCCAGCCCUGUCCCGUUUUCAUCCCACGGGUCCCAGCCCUGUCCCGUUUCAUCCCACGGGUCCCAGCCCUCGUCCCCCAUCCCUUUCCCCAGUUUUCAUUCCCACGGGUCCCAGCCCUGUCCCGUUUCAUGCCCACGGGUCCCGCCCUGUCCCGUUUCAUCCCACGGGUCCCAGCCCUGUCCCGUUUCAUCCCACGGGUCCCAGCCCUUGUCCCGUUUCAUCUCCACGGGUCCCAGCCCAUGUCCCGUUUUCAUCUCACGGGACCAGCCCUGUCCCGUUUCAUCCCACGGGUCCCAGCCCUGUCCCGUUUCAUCCCACGGGUCCCAGCCCUGUCCCGUUUCAUCCCACGGGUCCCAGCCCUGUCCCGUUUCAUCUCACGGGUCCCAGCCCUGUCCCGUUUCAUCUCACGGGUCCCAGCCCUGUCCCGUUUCAUCUCACGGGUCUCAUUCAUGUCCCGUUUCAUCUCACAGGAACAGCUGAAAUACGAGGCGGAUGAGAAGAGCAGUAAACUGGCCUGGGAGAAGAAAAUUUCCAACACACAGAAAAGUCUGAUCCAGCGUCUGGACGGUAAGUCCAAGGACAUCUCUAAGAUCGCAGCCGACAUCACCCAGAAUGUGUCACUGAGACAGGGUAUGGAGAGGAAGAAAGUGAUCCAGCACAUCAGAGGACUCUAUAAGAUAGACCUCAGCGCCUCAAGACACUGGCAGGAACUGGUGCAGCAACUCACACACGACCGUGCUGUGUGGUAUGACCAGAUGUCGUACCCUACUUCCUGGCAGCUGGACCCUACAGAGGGACCCAACAGGGAGAGAAGACGGCUGCAGAGGUGUUACCUCACCAUCCCCAACAAGUACCUGCUCAAAGACAGACGCAAGCCAGACGACCCGGCAGCGCGGGCUCCACUAUCCUUCCUGUUUGAGGAUAAGACCCACUCCUCCUUCUCCUCCACGGUGAAAGACAAGGCCACCAGCGAACCAAUCAGAUUCACCAGACGCUGCAUCAGUGUCGCUCCCUCCAGAGAGACCUCCGGAGAGCUGCUACUGGGGAAGUCUGGGAUGUACUUCGUGGARGAUAACGCAGCUGACGCCCAUGACAACCAGAGUGUCCACGGGGAGACGGAGGCAGCCUCGUUCUCCUGGACCUAUGAGGAGAUAAAGGAGGUCCACAAGAGGUGGUGGCAGCUCAGAGACAACGCUGUAGAGAUCUUCCUCACCAACGGACGGACUCUCCUGCUGGCCUUCCACACCACCAAGUUCCGCGAUGACGUGUACCACAACAUCCUGACCUCUGACCUUCCCAACCUCCUGGAGUAUGGUAACAUCACGGCGUUAACACACCUGUGGGGCUCGGGGCAGAUCAGUAACUUUGAGUACUUGACGCACCUCAACAAGCACUCUGGGCGGAGCUUCAACGACCUGAUGCAGUACCCCGUCUUCCCCUUCAUACUGAAGGACUACAUUUCAGAGACACUGGACCUGGGGGACAGCGCCAUCUACAGGAACCUGAACAAGCCCAUAGCAGUCCAGUCUAAAGAGAAGGAGGAUCGCUAUGUGGACAAUUAUAAGUACCUGGAGGAGGAGUAUCGUAAAGGAGCGCAUGAGGACGACCCCAUGCCUCCUGUCCAGCCGUACCAUUAUGGAUCUCACUACUCCAACUCUGGCACUGUGCUACACUUCCUGGUUCGCAUGCCUCCAUUCACCAAGAUGUUCCUGGCCUACCAGGGUUUUGACUUUGGUGUGCGUCAAAACAGUGAGCGUGUGAACCACGUCAACCUGCCACCCUGGGCGAGGAACGACCCUCGUCUCUUCAUCCUAAUCCACCGCCAGGCCCUGGAGUCAGACCAGGUCUCUCAGACCCUCUGUCAGUGGAUUGACCUGGUGUUUGGGUUGAAACAGAAGGGCAAGGCAGCUGUACAUGCCAUCAACGUAUUCCACCCAGCUACGUAUUUCGGUAUGGACGUGUCGUCAGUGGAGGACCCGGUGCAGCGGCGUGCUUUGGAGACCAUGAUCAAGACGUACGGACAGACGCCCAGACAGCUGUUCUCUGCAUCCCACAUCAGCAGAGCCGGACCCAGACUCAUGGAGGGAGAGCUUCCUGCUGCCAUGGGCCUCCUGGUGCAGCUGGCCUUCAGAGAGACCAGGGAACAGGUCAAAGAUAUAGUUUACCCGAGUCCCCUGUCCUGGAUCAAGGGCCUGAAGUGGGGUGAGUAUGUGGGCUCCCCCAGCUCUCCAGACCCUGCAGUGUGUUUCAGCCAGCCCCAUGGAGAAAGGUUUGGCUCUCUACUGGCUCUCCCUACCAGAGCCAUCUGUGGACUGUCACGCAACUUCUGUCUCAUGAUGAUCUACAGCAAGGAACAAGGUGUGAGGAGCACUGACCCUCUCCUCUGUGUCUCUAGGUGUGGAGGAGGCCCUGACCCCUCCUCUGUGUCUCUAGAUGGAGGAGCCCCUGACCCCUCUCCUCUGUGUCCUCUAGGUGUGAGGAGACCUGACCUCUCCUCUGUGUCUCUAGGUGGAGAGCAAACUGACCUCUUCCCUGUGUCUCUAGGUGUUGAGGAGCCUGACCCUCUCCUCUGUGUCUCUAGGUGUGAGGAGCCCCUUGACCCUGCUCUCUGUGUCUUUAAGUGUGAGAGCCAACUUGACCCUCUCCUCUGUGUCUCUAGGUGUGAGGAGACCCUGACCCUCUCCUCUGUGUCUCUAGGUGUGAGAGCCCUGCAACCUCCCUCUGUGUCUCUAGGUGUGAGAGACCUGACCCUCUCCUCUGUGUCUCUAGUGUGUGAGGAGCCUGACCCUCUCCUCUGGAAAGAAGACCUGACCCUCUCCUCUGUGUCUCUAGGUUGUGAGGAGCCGCCCCCUCUCCUCUGUGUCUUUAGUGUAUGUGAGGAGCCCACCCUCUCCCCUGUGUUUCUAAGUGUGAGGAGACCUGACCCUCUCCUCUGUGUCCUAAGGUGUGGAGGAGACCUGGACCCUCUCCUCUGUGUCUCUAGGUGUGAGAGCCCUGACCCUCUCCUCUGUGUCUCUAGUGUGGGUGAGGAGCAGCACAGUAAACAGAUAUCUCAGUGGUCUGCCAUCUUGCGAGUUGGGGCUAAUGCUGACAACAUGCUGAGGCUGAAGAGCAAACUACUGAUAACCUAG